UUUUAGUAAAGCAUGAACUCAAUCAACAGAUUCAACCAAGAUGGGAUGGGCUCAUAGCCUCCUAAGCUUUGCUCGGGAUGAGAGGGUUGUUCUUGUCACCUUAGGCUUCGCCACUUUUGGUGUAGUGAGUACUGUCUUCACUGCCCUCACCAUCAUAAGAGACGACAACGAAAUCCUGCCACCACAGCCAAAGACACAAUACAUCACUCAAGAUACGGAAGACUCGCUGGAACUCGAAACGCUUGAGAAGCUAUUAGAUCACCCGAAUUAUUCUAUACGAGAAGUCGCGAUCAAGAUUCUUUGCGAUCGGGCCGUGAACGAUUCCGAGACAACUCACAUAUUGCUAUUCGGCAUCACUCGACCAGAUUAUGAUGAGAGGAUGCGGUGUCUUCGGGCUUUGGCCCUGCUUACCGGACAGACUAUCGGGCUGGAUGGACUUUCAAAGUUGAACAAUCCCAGAGCCUACUCGGCUCUUGUCCGUUCUCUGGAGCUGAGCCUGGAUGAUACCGAGCGACCGAGUCUCACUGAUAGCCAUUGGGAUGAGUAUUACCUUCGCGACAUGGCCGAGAGGUUCUGCUUAAUGUUCAUCCUGGAGCUCGCCAAUAAGUAUGGUGCCAGUAUGCUAGUUAAGGCACGCUUUGUCGAAAAGUGGUUAGCAAAGCAAGAAUGGGGCGAUACCCCGGAAGAAAGACGCCAAAGCUUCAGGGAUUACAUGGCACUCAAGGCAAAUAGGAUCGUCGAGAUUGUCGAUCGAAUCAAGGAAUCAAGACGAGGCCUCAGGGCUCUGGAAAGGGCAGGGCUCAUGGACAAAGAGAAUUCCAGAAGGAGAAUUCGUGAACUCCCAGACCUGAUUAUGGAGAUCGAGGAGGAGGCGGGAAACUUACCACUUGUCGAACAGCAAGUGACGCGAACCAGAGAACAUUCAGCCGAAGAGCAAAGGCUACGACGGCAACAUCGAGAAGCGAUGGUUCUUAACGAUGGAACUCGGCCACUAGCGCGCGAGGAUAUUAUCGAGAGAGAACAUACAUCUCCUGCAUAGGUUUAGUGAGGAAAUGAUACCCAGUAUUAAUACUACUACAAGACGUUUGAGCAAAGCAUCUAUGUCAUUGAGUAACUAAUGAGCCACGCUACGGCUAUCGACUACACAUCUACAUCUUUCUUCAAGCGAGUUAGGGUUUUUGCCUUUCUACUACCUAACAGGUACUCUGCCUGUCUUAAAACGACAAGAUGUUGCCUCACGUCACAUAAAUCGC